GGCAACAAGUGCCCGACCCCAGGCUGCACGGGGCAGGGUCACGUGACCGGACUCUACUCUCACCACCGCAGGUAAGCAAUUAUCGGUAAUUAACCUAUGCUCUGCACUUUACCCUGGUCGAUUAGACACUUACGCGCUACGACAGAAAGAGCAAGUGAAAUAGGACUGACACUAGCAGACUCAGUCGACAUAUUAUCCGGUCGUCAUUGAACACAGAAUAUGAUAAUAUGUCACCUUUGCGUUUCAUAUCUGUAGGCAAAGUUCUUUUCGAAAUUCUCCACAUUGGGCAAAUUGAAACUCUGAUUUUUUGAUGAAGUUCUCAAGGGCAUACAUCGUGUAACGUAACUGCAAUAUACCUUUACACAAGCAUAGCUUUUGUAAAAAAAAUUUGAUUAAUGAAUUAUUGUAGGCUGAAUCAAAUUAUCUCGUUCAUUCAAAUUUUAUAGUUUUUUUUUUUAUAGUGCACAACGGAACGCACAUAAACUGGAAAAAAUAUAUAAAGUAUCCAGUUUUAUCUUUUUAAUUAUAUUCCUAAAAGUAUGAAUUGACGUAAAAGUUAAUGAUAGUAUUCAUGCAGUGUUAAUAAUCUACGCGCAAUUUGAAAUAAAAAUCACAGUGAAACGUGAAGAAUCAAAUGACAAUCUCAGAUUCGUCCUUCGUAUUUCCCCAAUUCACUUAAAACUACAUAUUUGUAUUAUACCACCGUGCUUCAUAAUUCGCUAUUGUGGUUUCAGCCUAUCCGGUUGUCCACGAAAGGAUAAACUAACGCCAGAGAGUAAGUAGUCGCCGAUUACGGCAGCAUUAUUCUUACUUCUCUUAUCGUAGUUACAUAGAUGCAUCUUCUUUUUGCGAGACUGCCUUUUUCACGCGACCGCCGAGGCAAAGGAGUAGCGAGUGUAACGAUCGUUAACGGCCGUACUUAUUUUUCCCAAUAGCGGUAGUACGUUUCUCUCAGAUCGAUCCGACGAUCUUUAAUACGACACGAUCGAAUCUAUCACUGUUCGAACCAAGUUUCGCGACUCGACGCAUUUUUUUCGUUUCAACCUCGCGAGAAAUUCGUUCGAUCGAAGUAAAAAGUCUACGCGCGACACACAAUGCCAUUUAUUAUUCAUUGAAAGGAAUAAACGGCGGGAAAAGAAUAAUAACUCAAUCUCUCCGUUUCGAACGAUUAGACGAAAGUGUACGGGCUCGUUGAAACCCGUGCCCGUCUUAUAUGUGUUUAUAUGUGUCUGUCUGUUUAUAUUCUUUGUGCUUUUUCGUUUGCGGGGUAGAGAGCUUUAUUUAUUGCGUUUCACUUCCGUUUUAAUUUUUACCGUUCUGUUUGUAGUUUUAAUUAUAGUAGAGAAUUUCUCACCACACAUGAACUUGGUUAUGUUGGCCGUACCAACGAACUAUCUGGAGAACUCGAGACACGGGGGCGGUGCAAGGCUAGCUGGUAUGCGUGUGCAAACACGCCGGAUCCGAACGGAGGAUCUUGUGCGAUUGAGUAUAAUUGAGAAACGGCGAUCGACACAUUCUUGUAACACGGUUCACCAGACAAGCCAUCAGACUUGUCGACCGAUCCCAUAAGACACGCGACAAGUUUCAUCCUGUUAAGCGACGAAAGAACAUUGAUUCGUCGUAGAUCGGCAAACUUGUUAUCAUCUCACGAAGAAUGUUUAUCACUUCUGUAUUAACUUCGCAUUUCGAUUGAAACGAAUUUCAUUACGUAAAUUUUCAUUGAGGAAGCUUGAAGUUGACAUUUGAAGUUGCAUUUUUAGAUAUACAUUUCUUGAACAUUCAUGUUUCGUCUUCAAGAAUUAUCAGACGUCGAUUAAUUUAGCGAAUGAAUUUUUCCUGCGAUCAUUUCAAACGCAUCUCACGGUGCACGAUGUCUGUCACACAAGAGACCAAUUAUCCCCCGAUACGAAACACACGACCACGUGAUCCAUCGAUCUACACACGAAUCGCAAGUUGUUGUCUUUUAUAAUUUUGUCACUCGAUUAUGUCUUUACUUGAGUUUCUCUCUACCCGCUCGGUAUACUUAAUUGUACUAUUACACAUUUGAUUUAUUUCAUCCCGUGACGUUGUGUACCCUAUCUCUCUCUCUCUCUCUCUCUCUCUCUCUCUCAUUAUUUUUGUUCCUCUGAUUUUUGUUCUCUCCUCUGUCUUUCUCUGUAUACUAUACACAACAUCAACGCCGUGUGUAGCGAUCGAUUUAAAACCGACGCGAUCGAAAUGUAUCGGGAAAAGGAAACAAAAAAAAAAAACAACGAACCGUGUUGCCGACAAAUAUAAUGAUUAUACUCAACGCAUAAGAAAGAAUCGAGCUGAAGUUCACGAGUUGGUUCGAUUCUACCGAUCGUAUCUUGGUGUGCGUGUAUGCGUAUGUGUGGUCUAGCAAUUGAUGCGCGUGUAACUCGAUCGGAACAUGUUAAGAAAAAAAAAAAUUGUCGAGCGGAAAAUGGCAGCGUUCUAUAACCACGCCACGUGUCUCUGGGUUCCCUACAGUUCUGGCGAUGCAUGAGACUAUUUUGAAAUGCCCGACACCUGGUUGCAACGGCCGUGGCCAUGUCAGCUCGAAUCGGAACACGCACAGGAGCCUGUCCGGAUGUCCCAUUGCUGCGGCCAAUAAGCAGGCUGCACGCGAGGCACGACACAAGGCUCAAGUGUCCGGAAUACCUCCAGAAUACAUCAGCACGAACCUGUUGCCACCGUCGAUGGAUAGCAAGAGCUAUUCCCAGUACGGGUCCACGGCGCAGGACACGAAACCGGUGUUAAGCAGCCUGACCUACGACUACUACUCUACAACGAAGAGCACGGGGAUCAACGUAAAACCUCCGAAAACACCGGAGGAGAAUCCCUCGUCCCGUACGACCAAGGUGGUCCCUAAAACCGAGAAUAUGACGCCAAGCGGCAGUUGCUGCAACACUCUGCCAACAAGAGGUCAAAACACCACCGAUUUGCUGGUACCGAAAACGGAAGAGACUGCCUCCUGUCGAGUUAACUCGCCGCUACCGCCUCCACCACCCACUGUACGACCAACCUACGACUCCUACAUGAAUCAAGACUCGAACUCUUCGUCCAUGUCAUCAAUGGACGCGAUGGGAUCCAGGGGAUCCAUCGGCGCGACGAUACAUCAUCCAAGUCAGCAUCCGACGCAUCACGUGUUGCCUAUGCAGCCAACGGUCGCUUAUCCGAUGCCAAUGGUCGAGGACACUAGGAUGAGCCAUCAGAUGUCGCAGAGAUCUCCGUACGAGCCAUCAGCCAUGAUGGCCGCAGCGGCGGCGGCUGCUGCUGCGGCCACCACCAGCGAGGAACUUUAUCAUCACAGAUCGGCGGAACACGCGAGAGCCUACAUGCACCCUGGAGCAAGUAACAUAGCCAGACCAGUUGUCACUUAUUCCAACGAGAUCGCAAACGCGAGGGGAUAUGAGAACGCGGUAGCCAGUGCGGCGAAUCAUCGACCGUACGAUCCUGGCACUACGUCAGCUUACGAAAGAUAUGACACGCAGAGUUGUGCGCCGAUUCAGUCUCAGCAGCAACAACAGCAGCAACAACAACAACAGCAGCAGCAGCAGCAACAGUUGCAUUCAAGGACGAAUAUGUAUUACCUGGGGCAAACUGGGAUGACGCCCGAGGAGCAGGAACGGGUGUACCAUCAGGAGGCUGCGGCCGCUGCGCAGCAACAUCAGAUGGCGAUGGCCGCUGCUACGGCUGCUGGGAUGAUGAAGACUGAGGAUGUAAAAUGCGUCACAGUAGCGCAAGUUCAGCAAAUGCAGAAGCCUGGUGGCCCUCCAACCUCUCCAGGUGGCUCAGUGAUGGACUUGUCAACCUCUAGCGUCACAUCAACAAGCCCACAGGCACCGCCUUAUGGUUCCAACAGUCUUAGCCCUCAGUAUGGCGGUGGUCAAACAGUAGGUGGCAGCCCUCAGGCUGCAGCAAGCCCGCACUUAACUGCAAGUCCUCAGGUUCCCAGUCCCCAAGGACAGACCCUCGAUCUCAGCGUCAAUAGGCUCCACAGCGGCGCGCCAAGUCCCCAAUAUCCGACCGGCCACGGAGAAGCUGUGGCGGUUCCCGUUGGACCUGGUUUCCCAGCGCCCAGACCAAUCGAGGAACAAACCGAGCCUGUGGACUUCUCGACGGCAAACGAGCCGGUCAAUUUCAGCGGGGGUCCUGGAAUCAGGCCUGUACCAGGUUUCCCGCCACCCGGUGUGCACGUCACGGCGUACAGUCGCGAAAGCACCCCCGACAGCGGGGGUUCCCACUACAUGGAUGCUUACCGCGAUCCCACUGGUUACGGACCGAUGAGCCCACACCCAGGAUACGGAAUGACAGGCGUUCAACCGGAAUAUCCUGGGAACACGUACACUCCUUACCCCACUGCAGGCUAUAAUUGCGGUGGAACUUAUCCCGGAGGUCCCGUGACUUCCGGUUACCAAAUCCCAGCUGGCUAUACGCCGACACCCUGUUAUAGUAUGCCACCUCCGCAGCACACAGUCGGACCUCUCGAUAAACCAACGGGUAAAGACGAUAGCUUGUCCGGUUGUCCGCGUGCCGAUCGUUCGCAGAUCCAAGCGCAUUCUCAGGAGCUCAAGUGUCCCACGCCAGGAUGCGAUGGUUCCGGACACGUGACCGGCAACUACUCGUCCCACAGAAGUUUGUCCGGUUGUCCACGGGCUAACAAACCGAAGAGCAAGCCUCGAGACGGUCAGGACUCAGAACCGCUAAGCGCAUCGGGCUGCCCCAUUGCAAACAGGAACAAAAUGCGUGUACUAGAAUCGGGAGGCACGGUGGAACAACACAAAGCAGCGGUGGCCGCAGCGACGGCGAUGAAAUUCGAAGGUGUGAACUGUCCGACGCCAGGUUGCGACGGGAUCGGCCAUAUAAACGGCUCGUUCUCCACUCACAGAUCUCUGUCAGGUUGUCCGAUAGCUGGCCAUGCGGUGAAGAAGCCAAAGUUCGAGGACAUGUCGACCAUGUACAGCAAAGGAAUCACCGGAGUGGACACCAGUGGUCCGGCUCACGGGGGUGCGGUGGGUACGGGUCAGGGUAACACGAGUUGUAGCGGUACCGCCAGUGGCCAGACCGAGGAUCUCUACAAACUGGAGGCCGAGAUCACGGAGCUCCAGAGAGAGAACGCUCGGGUCGAAUCGCAGAUGCUGCGCUUGCGCUCCGAUAUCACCGCCAUGGAGAACCAGCUGAAGCAAGGUGAAAAGGAAACAACGGCGAUUACCCAGCGAAACAACAACCUGACCGAGUACUAUCAGUCGCUGCGCGAUAACAUGAUCACGCUGUUGGAGCACGUGCGAAUACCGAACGCCCCGGGCGGACCGCAGGAGAAGAUGGGCCACGAGAACUUCGACAGUUACCUGACGAAGCUGCAGACACUAUGCACCGCCGAUGGUUAUUGCGCGGACGAGGCGAACCGGCCGAUAUACGAGACGGUGAAAACCGCGCUGCAGGACUUCACGGUCCUACCGACACCCAUCUGAGACCAUCCUUAAAGCUCGACGAUCGGGUACAACGUGACACGGACGCGUUUCGCGCGGUGACUUCGUUCUCGUUGUGACGACAAAAAGGGAAACUACACGAUGAUAACAGAGACACAAGGGGUUCGCGUUCGGUUUACCACACUGGACGGACUAUUCUGUGCGAUGAGAAAACGCGAACGAUGAAUCUCGUGUGUCGGUAGGACACGAGUAACAGAGUAACAGAGGGGAAGACUUUCUCUGAUACACGGGAGAUUGUGUCAUAACUCUUCGUGCUGAGAAUGGAGAGAACCGGGAGGACUUUCUACGAAUUAUCGAGUGAUCUGCUCGUAUACCAAAGGGAAAACGGUGCUUUCGAUGACGGUGAAUGUUGGACACAAGCCGACGACGACUGUAUAGACUGUUAGUAAAUGUUGUAAAAUACGGUACCUAAGGUAUCAUCUGAUAAUCAUUCAGUGUGAUCUCGCGGAACCGUGCGGAUUGACGUUGCUCAUAGUGGUAUCUUUUGUAUAUAAUGAACUCGUAGACCGUAAGAGUUUAAGGGCGAAGGCUCGCAGUCAUCGUGAUUGUAAAUAGACGGCAGAGAAAUAUAUAUAUAAAUAUAUAUAC